AUGCCAACGAUCAUCGCCCUCGACGUGUCGCUGUCGAUGUCGCGCCCCAUUCCGAACCAAACAACAGGCACCGGUGGGCCUGGAGGUUCGGGCUCGGAAAAUGUGCUCACCUACCAUCAGCUGGCCAUACAGGGCGUCAACUACAUACUGGACUAUCUUUCCAAGCACGCCCGGCUGGAAUUUGUGUCUCUGAUCAUCUAUUCGUCGCUGUACGAGGUGUUGGUGGACUUUACGCGUGAUUACGACACGAUCCGGCAAGCGCUGCACAAGAUCGAGCACUACGACAAGACGAGCCUCGAGAACGUGCUGGUGGCGGUGAACAACGCGUUCAAGACGCACUGGGGCAGCCAGAACUACUGCCAGAUCAUCUUCAUCACCGACUGUGGCGUCGGCAUGGGCCCGAGCUCGCUGAAGAACACGAUCAUCAACAUCCAGACGUACAAGGCGGCCUGUGUUGCGGCGGCAGCGGCCGCCACGGCUGCUGCUGCUGCGGCUGACGGGUCAUCCAAGGUGGCCACGAUCGGCAGUGCCGGCAGCGGUGCCGUCGUUCCACAGCCCUCCGAGAACCAGUGGGUUGGAUUUUCCUAUCCCAGCAAGCUGUCGUUCAUGUGUCUCGGUAGCCUGGCAACGGAUUCAGCGUUUCGCUGCGGCACAAAGCUGUACCAGCAGCUGCUGGACGUGAGCGGCCAGAAGGGGCAACUGUUUAUCCCACGCAUGAAGAUGAAGCACGAGAGUAGUGAGUCGGCAGGCGAUGAACCGUCGCCGAAUGUCGGAGAUGAUGGUGAGGAUGGGUUGCGCCAGUUGACACGGGCCUCCUCGCUGGAAGCGUUCGAAACCAUGUGCGACACCAACUACCGGCAGUUUGAGGCAACGCUCCGCUGUGGCGGAUACUUUCGGCUGGAAGACCCCAUCACCGUCUGGCCGGCUCCGUUGCCCUACACUGCGCGCGACCUGCUCGGAGCGGAGACGACGAAGCUAAUGUCCCGGCGCUUGGAGGUGUGUGGAUUUCUGCGCAUGGCGGACAUUGGAUCACCGAUGUCCGUUAGCAGACAUCUGGUACUGCCGCGCAGCAUUACGACUAGUAGCUCGGGCGGUGGCUCUUCCGAGCAGACUUCCGAGGGUGGAAAGGGACCAUCCACGAACGGUGGAUUAAAGAAUGGACAUGGCCACUCGUCAGCCGAGGAACGGCUCGAAGCUGACAUAAAAGCGUUCUACGCCAAAUCGGACGCCGGUGAGCAUCACGCGCACGACGACCACCACGGACUGGAUGGGGCGGACGUGAACAAGGAGUCGGUCUGCGUUCUACUGCACGGUGCGCUCAAGGUGGAAAACAUGGCCGCCCUGGUGCUGCUGGGGGACAGCUGGUACGGCUUCAUCUACUCGUACGCCGAUGGGAAGAAAAAGUGGAACCUCAUGCUGAACGUGCUUCCGCCCGGCAACGACGUAGUGCCGUGGUUGGGCGAUCUACGCUACCUCGGCACGCUGGAGGACGCAUUCCCGGGCGAAAAUCCUUCCUUCCCGAUCAAGGCGGACAAGCGCAGCUACUCGCAAACCAUCGUCGUGUGGAUACGCCAGGCAAGCCUGCAGUCGGACAUCCAGAAGGUGCUGCGGCACGCGAAGAAGCUGCCGGAAAAGACGCAACACUUCUACAAGGAGCUGAACCGGAUUCGGCGCGCCGCCCUGUCGCUCGGGUUCGUCGAGCUGCUCGAGGGGCUGGCCAACAUUUUCGAGCGCGAAAUUAGCACGCUGCCGCUGAGCGCUUCGCCCGACUGCUCGAUGCAGCUGACGCACGCCGCGAUGGAGCUGCGCAAGACGAACAAUCGCGACCUGAAGUCCAUCAUACACGCGCUCCCGACGCAGUACAACCAGCUAGGUUAGCGAGAGAGAGAGAGAGAGAGAGGUUGUUGUGGAGCGAUUUGAGAAAUAAAUAAGUUAUUUUAGUAAAAAAA